CUACGACGGACGCACCCCCGGGAACGAGCGCCACUGGGCCCCCCGACGUGCCCUCGGCGGCGCCCUCAACCUCACUCUCCCGGCCACGCCCUUAGCACGCCCGCAGCUCGCCUUCCUCACCAUCGCCCACGUCCACGAGACAGACGCCGGCCUCUACAGGUGCCGCGUGGACUUCCGCCGAGGGAGGUCCGUCAACACCACACCACCCGCCAAGGUCAUAGGUGGGUGCUGGCGUGUUCUCCGCUCGUCUGCGUCUGUGUGGGUUUUGUGGACCAACGGAUGUGCAGAUGCCGUCCAGGACACUGACACAGCAAGGAAACAGCUGUUGAAACGUCACAGCUUUAGUCCCGACCUGAAUGAAAGAUAG